AUGUCCACAAAUCCUUUCCGCCGUAGUUCGUUGAAAGGUCCUGGCGGCAGCAGUACCCCCCAUAUCCCAUCAGCGGAUCCUCGCGGCACCAGUCCGGGGCCUUUGUCAGUUGAUACCAGAGCACCGAGUACUACACAAAAACAUGUAAACUUCGCUUCACCCCCCGCAAUUCCCAUAUCGCCGGUCUCAUAUCCACCCUCUCCAGAAUCUACCCGACAGGAAUUCCUCACUGCCUUUUCCGGUCCAAAAUCGUCCGAUCCUCUCCCGAUAGACUAUAGCCAGGCACUCGCGAGCGAUCCUUUUGCGGGCGAAGCUUCCGAUGGCGAGGAUGACGGCGCAAUUGGAGAAGCAUUGAAAAAUGCAAAAGCCAAUGCCGUGAUUGCUACUUUGGCAAAACCUUCACCGGAAAAUGCAGUCAAGGAUACCUUGGGCCGAUUUGCUAGCAGUACGAGGAGGCCGUCCAGUCAUCAAUUGGGUGUUGGUGCGAAAGACCAAAGCGGAUCGACGAAGCCGGCCAUGGAUGUGGAUGCUUUCAAGAGAAUGUUGCUUACUGGAGAACGAGGACCCUCUUCCACCUCUUCUCCUCGGGACGGUGUGGUGCAAAAUACCCAGGCAGGCCCAAGUCAAUCUGUAAGUGAGAGCAGUUCUAGCGCGGACACGGCUUCAAUCUCACAGCACUCGAUCUUCGAGACUGCCCCACCUAUGCAAGAAGAAAGCCCUCGGACUUCAGACGAUCUAGGCGCGAACGAAACAGAUGAGCAACGAGCGGGCCUUGGGACCGCUCCAGAAGGCAAGAAGAAGCCUCCUCCACCAAAGAGCCGACGCGGCAAGCCUCUCAAGGAAAUCGGAGUAGAGCAGGGUCCAACGGCGACGUUUGAUAACUUUAUCCACUCGCUCUCACUCCCAGAUAGCAGCAAUGUUGGCUCAGAAACGCCUCCUUUGAGAUCAUCACCAAUCGGUCAACGGUCUCCAGGUGAUAGUUUAGCGGCUUCUACCGCACUUGACUCUCAGAAACGGACACCACCAGCGCCUCCCUUGGCCCGACGGAAGAGUCAACAGGCCCCUAGUAAACCGGUGUUGACGAGGAGCAGCUCAUCUCGAUAUUCCGUGCUCAGCGGAUACGAUGCCCCUCCGAGUCCGUCCACGAAUUCGACAUCCAAGCCGCCUCCGCCGCCUCCGUCACGUCGGUCGAACAGUACUGGCGACCGCGGACCUUCAUUCGACGCGCUUUCUGUCCCUGAAAACACCUGCCUCGCCAGCAAACAGUCCCCUACAGAGUCACCUGGGUCCGACUCUGGACCGGGAUUACCUUCCACAUCGUCCUAUUUGAAACGCAUGAGCCAAGGGCCUCCUCCACCGGUACCGCCGCCUCGCAGGGGGCGAGGAUCGAGCAGGAGUAGUGUUGAGACACAAAGACCGCCCAUGGCAGCGUUGGGUAUGAGUGAGCCGGGAGGGAGCGAUCCAAACGUUGGACGAAGCGGUACAGAUGCGAGAGACAUUCUGGCCGACCUUGCGGCUCUCCAGAAAGAAGUGGAUGCUGCCAGAGCGGGCGCAGGGGGGCUAUGA